AUGAUUGCUAACCAUGCAGGUGAAUUGGCUGUUGUUGGAAUUGUGAAACAUUUAUGGAAUAUAUUUUCAUCAAGACAAUUUAAUUAUCGUCCAUUUAUCUUCCAAAAUGAAAUAAAUAAUCAUUUGGAAGAAGAAAAACAACAAAUUAUUUUCCCUCACCACCAAACAACAACUUAUAGAACAACAUUAAAUGUUCCCCCUAAGUACAGUAAUACUUUAAUUAAUAAACAGACAAAAGGAAUACUUGGAAUAAAUUCACUUUUGGGUAGAAGAAGAUUAAAAAAUAAUAAUGUAAGGGAAAGAAGAUCAACUGAAGCUGAUAUUUUUGGAAAUAAAAAUUCAUUAUCUUCAGCUUUGAUUGAAAUUGGGGCAAAAAAGAGUUUUUAA